CUUUUCUAUAACGUAUCUGGUUACUUGUUGGAGCUCGCCCAAAUUGAAAAUAUGAUGGAACAACUUUUUCAUGCUCUGGAUCCUACACAAUGGUCAAAAUGAUGUGGACAGUCUGCUCUCACAGACACUGUAUUGAGCUGCUUUUGGCUUGAUGUGCCCAUGAAGGCCUUGUUUCAACGCAGGCUUCAGAAGCUGAGGCUAUACAUGGACUAGAGAAGAAGACUAUUUAUUGUUCCGUUCCUGGACUUCUGUUCUUCAGCCCACCAUCUUCCCUGCCAUCUCCUCAUUCACCUCCACUACACCCCAGCCCUGACCUCACCUGUUUCCAACAUGGGCUGGCUCCUCCCCUUUGAUAACCUGCUGUGCAUGGCGCUCGGCAUCUCCUUUACUGUGUGGUUCACCUCGUUGCUAGUCUUCAUCAUUGUUCCAGCCAUUCUUGGUGUGUCCUUCGGGAUCCGCAAACUGUACAUGAAUAGUCUUCUAAAGAUCUUUGAGUGGGCUACUUUGCGGAUGGAGAGAGGCGCAAAGGAGAAGAAUCAGCAUCUGUACAAACCCUACAGCAAUGGGAUCAUAGCUAAAGAGAUGUCCACCCUGGAGCAGGAGAUCCAGGAGCUCCGGUCCAGCAGCACAACACUGAGCUCUGAACCUGAGUUUGAGAUGGCAGACAUCAUGUCUUUCUGCCGGCGAGGUGUGGAGAGCAUUGUGGACGACGAGGUGACCAAGCGGUUCUCCGCUGAGGAGCUCGAGUCGUGGAACCUGCUGACCCGCAGCAACUACAACUUCCGCCACAUCAGCCUGCGGCUCAGCGUGCUCUGGGGACUGGGUCUGUUGAUUCGCUACAGCUUCCUGCUGCCGCUCAGGAUUACUCUGGCAGCUACUGGCAUUGGUCUUCUCGUUGUCUUGACUACCAUAGUGGGUUUCCUACCGAGCGGCCGGUUGAGGACGUACCUCAGUGAGAAGAUUCAUAUGAUGUGUUAUCGAAUCUGUGUCCGAGCCCUCACAGCCAUCAUCACCUACCACAACAGUGAAAACAAACCAAAGAAUGGAGGAAUCUGUGUGGCCAAUCACACAACUCCCAUUGACGUCAUCAUCCUGGCCAAUGAUGGCUGCUAUUCUAUGGUUGGUCAGGUCCAUGGUGGUCUAAUUGGGGUUGUCCAGAGAGCCAUGGUCAAAUCCAGCCCCCACAUCUGGUUUGAGAGAUCGGAAGUCAAAGACCGACACCUUGUGGCCAAAAUGCUUAGCAACCACGUAGCUGACAAAACUAACCACCCCAUCCUCAUCUUCCCAGAAGGCACCUGCAUCAACAAUACCUCUGUGAUGAUGUUCAAGAAGGGCAGCUUUGAGAUCGGCUGUACUGUCUACCCCGUGGCCAUUAAGUACGACCCGCGGUUUGGCGACGCCUUCUGGAACAGCGGUAAGUUUGGGAUGGUCAGCUACCUGCUGAGGAUGAUGAGCAGCUGGGCCAUCGUCUGCAGCGUCUGGUACCUGCCGCCGGUCAACCGAGAGGAGGGAGAGGACGCGGUGCAGUUCGCCAACAGAGUCAAAGCAGCCAUCGCCAGGCAGGGAGGCUUGGUGGACCUGCUCUGGGAUGGAGGACUGAAGCGAGGGAAGGUGAAGGAUACGUUCAGAGAGGAGCAGCAGAAGCUGUACAGCAAGGUGCUGGUUGGGGACCAGGAGGACCAGGCUGAAGACCGACCUCUGGAAUUCUCCACUCUCAGGCCAGAGGAAGACGAGGAGACGGGCCGUCUUGACCGCCAAGGUGAAGAGCAACCAUUAGACUCUCUCAGACUACGGGAAGACUGCUGUCUGAGACUACAGGGAAAUUAUACAUUGCGACCGCCGACCGAAGAGAAGGAGAAAAAGGAGGAAGGAGAUAGACUAGGAGGACCAAGUGAAGCCAGACCACAGGAACACUGCCCACUCAGACCGGAGACUUAAUGCGAGGGGGGGUUCAUUCUCACCAGGUUAAAGUGCCAUGCUGGAGGGGAGAAAUCAACAGGCAAAAAUAACAGCCAGUCACAACAUUGCUGGGUAUGUCAUAUAGUGAAACACAAUCAGUAUGUUAUAAAUGCAGAUCUAUCGCUGAACAGUUUGUUAAAUUACAAUGCAAAAAUUAAACUGCCAUGUGUAGCACCUUUUAAUAGGUGUAAGUGUACCUGCAGUCGUUCUCGUGAGGCACUACACAAAAGGACGUGUUGGUAGUAUAAACGCUAGACAAGGAGACUGAAAGGAAAGUCAUUUGAAUCUCAGUGAAAUGCUCUGGGAAAAGGUAGUGUGCAGCAGCAAGCCAAAUACAUUGUGAGUUGGUGUUACACUGUGCAUGACAUUUGAUGCAUUUUAACUAUGUUAAUACCAUAUUGCAAUAUUUAUCUUCAAUAUUGGAAUAUCUUCUGUGUAUUUGUUAUUUUAACCACUACUAUAUAUUUAUACAUAUUGAACACCAAUAGUGUCUUUCGGGUAGUGUAUUUAUUAUCUGUUAUUUAUUAAACCAAUUCAUAACAUUGUCAUGAAUAGAAUCUCCCAUUUAGUAGAACAUGUUACAAUCUGAAUAGGUUUCUGUAAAAGGCUUUAAAAACAAAAUAUUGACACAAUUCCUUCUAAAGGAAUGCAAGGGACAAGGGAUCAGUUUUGGAGAGGAAAACUACAGUGCAAGAGCAGGCUGAAGUCCCAGAUAAUAAGUCAAUACUGCAUAGAGAGUAUGACAUGGAAGACAUGGAAGACUUAUUUAUUCUGUCAAAACGUAUUCAAUGUGCUUUAUUAGUCAUUAAAAUGUAUUCUAUUUA